AUGGCUGGAGUUCGUUUGGUUGAGGUUAUUAAACCCUUUAUGUGGUUAUUGCCCGAAGUCGAAUUGCCUUACGAGAAGAUCUCAUUCGAUGACAAGGUAGUGUAUACGUUGAUUGCCGUUUUAAUAUAUAUGUUUGGUCAAUUGCCGCUGGCAGGUCUCUUGAAAGAGGCUACUGAAGUGAAAGAUCCACUAUUUUUUAUGCGGGGAGUGUUUGCAGCUGAACCUCGUACUUUGAUGGAGUUUGGUAUUUUCCCUCCAGUGGCCACUGCCUUGUUGUUCCAACUUUUGGCUGGUAUGAAGAUCAUUAAGGUCAACUUCAAGCACCAGCAAGAACGUCAGCUAUUCCAAUCAUCGAUUAAGUUUUUCUCCAUAAUCCAGUAUGCAAUCUUGGCCAACAUAUUUAUCUUCUCUGGGUACUAUGGGGAGUCAUUGAGCGCAUCAACCGCUCUACUUCUAAACUUGCAGUUGAUUGGUGCAGGAACAUUGACUACACUUCUUAUUGAGGUUAUCGACAAGGGCUAUGGAUUUGGAUCUGGUGUGAUGGCUUUCAGUGCUGCUACCGUUGCUACAAGUUUUGUCAGUGAUACAUUUGGCGUAACUCAGAUUUUCAUCGACUCUACAAAUGGUAUUAAAGAGCCCCAGGGUGCUUUGAUUAACUUGAUUCAAGGUCUAACUUCAAAGCAUAAGACUUUCAUUGGCGCAAUUUUCAAUGCAUUCCAAAGAGACUACUUGCCAAACCUCACUACAGUAUGCAUGGUCGCUGCUGUCGCUGCUGCAGUUGGUUACCUACAAUCAUGUCGUUUAGAUUUGCCAAUCAGAUCUACUAGAGCCAGAGGUAUGAACAAUGUUUACCCAGUUCGUCUUUUGUAUACCAGCGGCAUGUCUGUUUUGUUUUCCUAUGUGAUCUUAUUCUACAUCCACAUUGUAGCUUUCACAGUCAUACAAUUGUUCGGUAGAAACGAUCCACAGAACAUUUUAGUGAAAAUCCUUGGCAGGUACAACGUUGUAAAGGACCUUUACUAUGUACCAAGUUUUCCAAUGUCUUUAUUGGUGCCACCUAAGUCUCUAUUUGACGGCUUAUUUAGGCAGCCGCUAACUAUUAUUACCUUCGCCAUAUUUUUAGUUACAACUGGUGUAUGGUUUGCCUCCCGCUGGCAAGAGAUUUCCGGUUCUAGUGCUCAUGAUUGUAGUGCACAAUUCAAAGAGCAAGGCAUCACAUUAAUCGGCGUCAGGGAGCAAUCAGUCGCCAAAGAACUAGGUAAAGUUAUCCCACUUGCUGCCUCUACCGGGGCUGCUACCAUGGCUUUAUUGGUAGCGAUCGGUGAAUAUCUGGGCCUAAAGGGUGCUGCUGCAAGUAUCGUAGUUGGUAUCAGUUCUGCAUUCUCCUUAGUGGAGUUAGUGGGAAUGGAAUUCCAACAAUCCGGUGGACAGAGUGCUUUAGCCCAAGCCUUCGGAAACCCAAGUGGUGCAUAA